AUGGACGGAGAAAUCCCCGAGUCGCCAGGCUCUGCCCCCUCAGUAGAGGACGCUCCUACCAAGUUCAGGGGUUCCUCGAAGUGCUCCUUCCACAAGGACAAGGACCCCAGUCUGGCAGCCCACCGACGGGGAUGUUCCUGUACAUGUUCCUGUACAUGUUCCUGUAGAUGUUCCUGUACAUGUUCCUACAGCUGCUCCUGGAAAGAGUCUCGGCUGAUCCGACCCUCGGCGGCGGCGGCGGCGGAACGCGACCGACGGCUGACCGACAUGGAGGAUGUCCGGGCGGACUCGUACCUGCGACCUCCGUCACCUGCUGCCAGUCAGCCGCCGACUCUGGACCCGACCUGGAGAUUCGAUCCUCCAGAGCUGCAGAAUGACAUUUCCCUGCUUCCACCAGCCUUCAUGUUCCUGAAGAUGCUGCAGAACGCCGUCGCCGUUCAGCCUCCGUUCAGCCGCCGGCCUCCGUUCAGCCGCCGGCCUCCGUUCAGCCGCCAGCCUCCGUUCAGCCUCCGUUCAGCCGCCAGCCUCCGUUCAGCCUCCGUUCAGCCGCCGGCCUCCGUUCAGCCUCCGUUCAGCCGCCGGCCUCCGUUCAGCCUCCGUUCAGCCGCCAGCCUCCGUGGUCGCACACGACUCGUCUGA